AAUAAUAUAUGAAAGCAAGCAAGGAAUCUACAACUUGAUUAGAUCUAUAAUGUGAUAAAUGUGAGGUGAGGAUAUCAAUUUCGAGAUCUUAUUGGCAAAAUGUAUUCUCCUUCCUUCUGUAGCUCAGCCUUUGAUGAGCAGAAGAGAAGGCCAUAGAUUUGCUCGUCUUCUCCAUGCAUACACUGGUUGGAGCUGCAGAAGUAUCGUCAGGCUGAGAUCUCCAACCCUAUGAGAGAUCUCGUUGGUUGCUUCGCUAACCAAGCCGUCAGAGUUGCAGAAGCCACAUGCGCCACAAGGGACGCAAGCUCGGCGGUGACCGAACUCCCGAUCCAGAAUGCCAUCACCUGCUUCUACAGGAGCUUGUUGUCGUCCCGGAAGGAGCUGCUCACCGCGGUCACCUGGUCCAGGAAUCAAGCAGGCGCGUCCCUCUCCGUCACGGUCGAGGACGGCUCCUCCGCGAGCUCCAAGCUCCUGCGGAAGAAGAAAGGCAGCCUCUCGUUCGCAUCCGGCGGCGGCUCCGACAUCGCCCUCCACUGGGACGUCUCCGCCGCCACCUACGCGUCGGGACCCGAACCCACCAAGGAUUUCUACGUCGUGGUGGUCGCCGACGCCGAGCUCGGUCUGUUGCUGGGCGACAGGUGGGGGGAGUUCGUCAAGAAGCUCGACGGCGGUCUCCCGGUCGCGGAGUUCCGGAUGGUGGGCAGGACAGAGCAAGUGCGUGGCCCCGGCGCUUACUCCACCAGGGCUCAGCUCGGCGACGGUGGGGAGGAGCACGAGAUAGAGAUCGUGUGCAGAGGAGACGAGAGGGACGCCGAGGGCUCGGAGCUGCACGUCGCCAUCGACAAGGAGAGACUGGUCAGCGUGGAGAGGCUGCAGUGGAACUUCAGGGGGAGCAAGACGAUACUGGUGGACGGAUCGACCGUCGACGUGAUGUGGGACAUGCACGACUGGUGGUUCUCCGGCGCCUCCCCCUGCGCUCUCUUCGUGUUUCGGAGGAGGAACUCCAUGGGGGACCGCAGGGUGUGGCCGGAUGAGGAAUCGGCGCUGGGCAUCUCUGGCUUCUCUCUGCUGAUCCAAGCCUUCAAGAGUCUGUAGUUAAGCAUCUUGUGCUCAUCUGCUCUUUCUUCCCAUCGUUCCCUGAGCAUUCCUGUUGGAGCUCUGAGCUUUGGAUCACUCGGAAGAAACAUGCAAUCUCACAGAAACAUGGGGCGUGUGCAUGACAUGUCAUUCCCGUCA